GAGCCAAAAAGGUAGAGAACUAAUAACCCGAGGUUCGCCAUCAUUCUUAGCCUUAUUUCAAUGGGUUUUACGUAAAAGCGAAUAUCGUAUGAAAUGUGAACAUGGAAGUCUGUAAGGACAACGAACAAGGACACCCAGUGAAGCCCAAAGUGCCUUCAAAGAGAAUAAGGAAGGGUCUUUCUGAGAAGGCCAAGAUAGCGAAGCGAGAGUCUGACAGACUGAGAGCGAAGAACAGAGUCAACCUGGGCCGGGCGCACGGAGUCUGGAAACAAAUACAAGAAGAGCAUGGCUUCAAAACCGAUGCUGAUGUGGCUUUCUUUCUCAUAAAUAUAUAUCUUCAGUCCAAGUCACAAGCUCAACUGGAUUCUCAGAUUCUAAAUGGGCAAUCUUCAAGUCAGACAUGUGAGAGCGCACAUUUUGAAUACCAGUUGAGCAUGAGUUCUCAGAGCGAAGAUGAACAGGAGGAUUCUACUGCUCCCUCUGAAGAGUCAGUGAUCAACAGAACGGACUCUGAGAAAAAGGAUUCUACAAGUCAAGACAUGAGAACUGAGGAUGACGACUCGACAACUAGCCAGCCAGAAAAUAAAGCUGUUGAAGGAAAUAAGGAUGAAGAUUAUAACACUUCAUUAAUCGUUGGAGACGGCCUUCACUUUGUUGAUUUGGCUAGCUCGUCAGAGUUCAUCGUUGAUGAAGAGUGUAUCCUCAAACUGUUCAAGUCAUGUCGGAAAUGUAACAGACAAUGUCGAGUAACAAAACGGGUCAAAGGACUGAAGCUGGUUGUAAGCCAGGCCUGCUGUUACUGUGAAAAUCGUGCUAAGUGGACUAACCUGCCUGAUGACAGCAGUGGAUUCCCAAUAAAUGGAAAACAGACGAUACAUGGACAAAUCAGCUCUGUGAUGUAGAGCAAAACCAACGAGAGGAUUUCAUCCCUGAACUGAAACUCCAGUUUGACUGUGAUUGUGCUACAAUAACACUGAACCUGUUUUUUUUUUUUUUUAUCAGCUGGACUCGUGUUUUUUUUGCUCCGCUGUGGAGUUGAACAGUUUUUUUCUUCACUUUGUUUUAAUUUGCUGACAUCAUGAACACACAAACCAUGUGAUGCAUGCACAAGGUCACCUCAGCAGGCAUCAUAUGUCUGUAAGCAUUGUCCAUACAGCUGCAAAGGGAAAGAAAUACUUGAAUUCGAUUUAGAAGUUUGAUUACUAUCAAUUUUCAGAAGUUUUAACAACAAAACACUAGCAAUAAGGAAAACUUUUUUAAUGCAGGCAGUCAUUUGAUCUUUCCUAUCAUUGUCAGUUUGCAGCUCUAUAAAAAUAUAUCUGUUCAAGAAGG